CAGGAUAUGUAGUCAAUGUCUGUUGUCACCUGGAAUCCAAAUCUCCAUCUUUGUUGUUUUUAUUCAGUGGUUCCAUUAGUAUUGUUGAGGUCGGUGGUAAGGUUACGUCAAAAAAAAGUUGGUGUCAUGUGGACUGACAGGCGUAUAGCCAGCUAUGCUAUUUGCUUGCUGGUAUUCCAAGUACGGCUGUCUAAUUCACGGACUUCUUGGAGACUAAGUGCUGAUGGAGUUGUGAAGGCUACACAGUUCGCAUCACCCGUUGAAGAUGAUCCGAUUUUUGAAAUUCUCACUUCGACGGUGAGUUCAUCUAAUGGACAGGGUUGGAGCAAAAGUGCGUCAACUGACAAUCAAGAAAAAUUACAAGUUUAUUGUAAUGAAUUCAAUAGCUUUAUAACAAGCAAUAAUGACAGACGUUUUGUUUCCUACACCAUGGCGGAUCCACCAAACGCAACGGACACACUGACCUCUGCUGCUGGAUCAACAUCAUCCCAGGAGCAACAGAUUGUGUGCACUGCUGGCCAGCAGUGCGAGGACAUUGUAUUGGAUUGUGGGAAGCCAGUUAAUUACACGUACUACGACAAUCUUGUUGGCAUUGCUAAUCGCAAUAAACAUCCGCUGGUACCAGAACCACAUGUGGCUCUCAUGUUCAAAAAGGGCAGCACUAAAGUCGAGGAUGUUGAUAUUGAUUUACUGGAGAGACGACUCAAGAAAGCCAAGCGAGAGAAACCAAAGUCAGUUCAAUUGUACAAUCAAAUUGGUAAUUUCUGGCGUAUAAAGGGCAAUGCUGAGCGAUCAAUCGAGUGUUUUAGACGAGCACUUGCCGUUUCACCUCACAAUGCUGAAGUUUUAUUGAAUUUAGCAAGGGUACUGAUGGUUCUACAGUAUUUAGAUGAUGCUACGUACUUAGCACGACGAUCAUUAGAACUACAACCACCUGAUCGUAAUGCAUGGGAACAGUAUCUUACACUUGGACAAAUAUUUAAGGCAUAUGGACAUUUUCAAGAAGCAGCUGUACAUUUAAGACACGCUUUAGAAUUAAAGCCAGACCUCAUAGACGCUGCAGAGGCACUCAAAGAAGUUGAAUCGCUACCAACUGCUAGUAUACAUGUGUAUACUUUGCUCAUAAUUGUUUGCUUGGUUUUGGGCGUUCUACUCGUAGUACUCAGUACUAUAGAAUGCGAUGAUAAUAUAACACUGAACAGUGAUCAGCUUCAGCGACCUGUUCAGCGUAAUUUCAAUCGAACAUUAUCAAUGCGUAGUCUACGUUUGAACGUACCUCGCAAUAAACGUUGUUAAUUUUGUUGUUGAUAAUAUAUAAAUACUGUUUUUUUUUGUUUCUUUAGUAAUAAAUUAUUAAUUAAUCACUCAAGAGCGUGUUCAGGAAAACACUCUGGAGAGUGAUAAAUAUCUAACCAGGUGCUUAGUAAAUGAAAAGUCACGUGGUUUAAUUAAAACUAGAGGCACGGAAGAUACUGCAUUUACCUUCCGCAGAGUUUAUAAAGGCACUAUGGUAGUCGAAUUGUUCCUCUGGGUUAACCAGAUAAUGUUUAUUAACCCAAAAGUUGGACACUGAGAGAAAAAAAAUAUUUUCCGAUCAUUGUCUAGUCUUACCGCAAGAAAUUAUACUAUAGUAUAUUACACACCGAGGGAAGUAAAGUAAGAAAUGUCUCAGAUCACAUGUAAUUGUUGGCCGAGGCGAAGCCGAGGUCAACAAACAUGUGAUCUGAGGCUUUCUUAUUUACUUCCCGAGGAGUGUAUGCUAUUUUUCUCCUCGACGGAGGCGGAAAGCGCCAACUUCGUUUUGCACAGCGGGACGAAAGUUGACGCUUUCCGCCCGUCGAGGAGAAAAAUAUUUUAAGUCUAAUAUAUUUUUGGCGCAAAAAUUUGAAGAUUUCAUUAAAAAUAAUUUUCUUAAUCGAAGUAAUCCAAGUUUAUUUCAAGAUAUGAUCUUCAUUUUUUUUGCAAUAGUGUACAGCUUGGAGAAUUGAUGUCAGGUCUUUAAAAUGUCUAUUAGACUAGAUCCAAAGACCAGGCAUUAAUGCUCCAAACUGUAAAUUGAUUUUGAUUUUAUUCUGUCAAGAAAAUGAUUCUUCGCGUUAGAUAUGAAAUUAAUAAUGCAAUAAUUUAUAUCGAUUUAUUACUCAAGAGGAUAUUGUUUUUACGAAAGUUAUUUUUUUUCUCAGAGCAUCUCUCUCCUCCAGAGUUAAUUUCUGAACAUGCUUUAAAUGAUAUUACGUUUGGGAAUUUAAUUACCCAAUGAUGAUUGUGAUAGAAAUAAAAACGUUUUUUGAGCAGCCGUGACUCGUAAACUAAGUUUAUAUAAUAAGUAAGGACUUAUGUAUUUGAGUGUGCUAACAAUGCUAUGAUGGAAAAAAGAAAAUACCAAAAAUACAGUACAAUAGAAUGUGAUAGCAAUUAAUAA